AUGGUGUUCCCUGACCCUGACCUCAAGGCUCUUGCCUUCGAAACGGCACCUCCGUUGGACCCCGCCUGGUUGGAGUGUGAGGAGGAGUUGAAGCGUCGUGGGCCACCCCGAGUGUUCAACUCGGUUCUCGAAAGACAGCCGAUUUACGCACAGGAAUGCCGUGAUUCUCACGCCAAGAUGAUGGCUGCCGGAGCUCGUGAUUACGAGCUGUCCCAAGGCGUGGUGAGGAAGGAGUUUACGAUACCGUCUUCGGUUGAUGGGUUCGCGAUUCCUGUUCUCCAGCUGGAUCUGUCCGACCAUGAAAGUCAGGAGCCGGAUGUGGUUAUCAUAUACUAUCAUGGCGGCGGGCUACAUGUGGGCGAGGCGGAUAGCGAGGAAUUUUCGUGUCGUCACCUUGUCAAGUCGGACGUGGGCCGAGUUCGCCUUUACUCUAUUGGAUAUCGGCUCAUGCCCUCAUGGCCGGCGAGCACAUGCCUAUCUGAUUCUUUGGAUGGCUUCAAUGCACUCCGGAGUGCGACAGCGCAGAACAUUGUCGUGGGAAGCUCGAGCGGCGGGCAAAUGGCAGCCGCGGUGUCACAAGUCGCACCGAAGGGCACACUCCAUGGCGUUUUACUCCGAUGCCCCGUCACGGCCGAUGGACCGAGUGGCAUGGAAUACAUCCCAGAGAGACUGAGGCCGUAUCACACUAGUGUAUCGCCAUCCUUCGUUUCUUUCUUGAUCGGAUACUUGCAGAGAGACAUCCCGAGGGACGGCCUCGAGAGGCUUCCCCUGGAGGCCACGCAGGAAGAAUUACAGGACCUCCCGCGAACUUGGAUUCAGAUGGCAACCAACGACACGAUAUACUCGGAUGGGCUUUGCUACGGGAUGGCCUUGAGGGAGGCAGGGGUGGAGGUCAAAGUGGAAUUAGAAAAGGGUUGGCCACACACGUUUUGGUUGAAGGCUCCUCAGUUGGCCCAGUCGCUGGAAGCGGAGAAGAAGAUGGUUGAUGGGCUGAAAUGGGUAUUGCAAAGGUGA